CAGGUCGCCGCCAAGCCACCACCCUGGCCCGCGCUCUCCGCCAACGUACAGACUGACUCGACGGCGUCCACUGCGCUCUACAAGUGCUCUACGUCUGUGUCGCUGAGCAAAAGACCGCCGCAACCAUUCCCUUCAAUAUACUCCGGCGAGCUCUGCAGGCGUUCUCUGCACCUCUCACAGUCCAACUUGAACCUUACCCGCGCUACCUAUAGUCUGCGCUUCCGUCCAGCUUGCAGGCCUUAUUCAGUAUCGUUCGCGGAGUGAUUGUGCUUCACGCAUGCGGUAGCGCUUCAUGUCAUCUCUGCUGGACAAGAUACCGCUGCCCAGUGUAUCGCGACGAGCUGUGCAGGCGCUUUCCGAGACAACGCCCCUUUUAAACGCGAUUCCGCCUGUUCUGGCCGGUCCCAGAAGGAAGCUCGGCGGAUAUGACUUCUACCGCCAGGUGCUCGGUAGCCCCAGAUAUGUUGUUGCACCCAUGGUAGACCACAGUGAGCUGGCAUGGAGGAAAUUGUCUCGGAGAUACGGAGCACAGCUCGCCUAUACUCCUAUGAUGAGCGCCGAGAUGUAUGCUGAUCCGAAAAAAGCGGGGCAGCGAUACUUCCAACCUAUUUUUGGCGAGGAAGGUGGGCCUGAAGACCGACCGCUUAUAGUUCAAUUUUGGGCAAACAAUCCGAAAAGGUUGCUCAGGGCUGCUAGAUUAGUUGAGCCAUACUGCGAUGCUGUUGACCUCAACCUCGGAUGCCCCGUUGCCACAGCACGGGAAGGUCUUUAUGGGAGCUACUUACAAGACGAGUGGGACCUGAUAUUCGAGCUUAUCGAUACGCUCCAUCUCAACCUCUCAAUCCCCGUCACGGCGAAGUUCAGAGUCUUCCCUUCCGUGGAAAAAACAGUUGCAUACGCGAAGAUGCUCGAGCGUGCGGGGGCGCAAAUCCUGACGUGUCAUGGUCGAACUCGCAACCAGAUCGGCGAAAAUACUGGGUUAGCAGAUUGGGACAAGAUCCGCGCUGUGAAGGAAGCUGUCUCAGUGCCAGUUUUCGCCAACGGGAAUGUGCUUUUUCAUGGCGAUAUUGAGCGACUACUUGCUGCAACAGGUGCCGAUGCGGUGAUGUCAGCUGAAGGGAACCUCUACAACCCUGCUCUCUUCUUACCUGCACCCCCAACUACAUCAAACGAAGCGCCCCUGAUCUCCUCUCCAACCUCAUCCAUAUCAUCAGUGUCCGGUUUACCGUCGUCAUACCUUGGCGCUCAUCCCCGGCACACGGUACUUGCCCUCGAGUACCUCGAAUUUGUGAAAACGCAGCGGACGCCAACAUCCCACACGUCUGUUGUAGGCCAUCUCUUCAAGCUCCUCCUACCUGCCUUGGCGCGCGACGCGGGCUUACGAUCACAGCUGGGCGAUCUAGUGCUCAGGAGGACGGCGACGUACGAGCCGCACGAGAAAUUCGUCAGGGAACUGGAUGAACGUAUGCAGCGGGACGAGAAAGCGGCGGAGGGACAGCGGCCAGAGGCGCUUGUCACGAUCGGUCCUACGGGCCUGCCCGUGUUGCCGCACUGGGUCGCACAGCCUUACAUUCGACCCCCUCCGAUCGAUGCGAAACUCUUCCCCAAGACUCCUCAGAGUCCUCACGUAACAGGCCUUCAGCGCUGGCUCCCGUAGCCUACAGUGCGGAGAAGACACCCAACUAUCCGAGCUACACAGCUAGCGGUUGGCGGGACGACGGCAUGCAGAAUUCGCUGUCUGUCAAUGUUCUUGUUUGAUGAAUGCGGUGUGUUGCACGAUCGCGUCAGUGUAUCAGACACGCUCGCGCAAGACGCUCUGCGUGGAUCGUCGUCGCUUGCAUCGGCC